GAUAUGAGACACACACAUAUUUCUAACGCGCAAUAGAAUUCGGGUGCGCCAAGAAAAUAUUUAUUUAUAAAUAUUUUUUUUUUUGAUCCCCUAAAAAUAUAAUAUAAAAAAGAGUUUAUUUAAAUUUUUUUUUUUUUCUUCUUUUUGUUCACCUAUUAAUUUUUUUUUUCUUUUUUUUUCACCUGUAAUUAUUUUUUUUAUAUAAAGAAGAAAAAAAAAAAAAAUGUCUUGUUAUAAAAAAAAUUCUACAUUAUUUCUAUAUGCAUUAUUUGCAUUAUUGAUGACGAUGGUCAAUGCUGCACCUUUGGGUAGUAUUGAUGAUAGUUCAGCUACUUUAGUUUUUGCUGGACAUACUGUUACCGCUCAAGGUAUCGCCUUUAGUGUCUUGCUAAUUGUUUCCGGUGCUUAUCUUUGUUUCUUGGGAGGUGUGUAUCAAACGUUUACGGUAUUCAUCGUCGGCUUUUAUGUUGGAUCGAAUAUUGCUUACAUUAUCAUGACCAAUGCCAAAUCUGAUUUCGGAACCAACUCACAAACGAUUUUACUCUGUGUGAGUAUUGGUGUGGGAUUAAUUGUGGGAGGAUUAUUAAGUUGCUGUCUUUCACUGGCGGUGUAUUUAGUCGGUGCUUUACUUGGUUACGCCCUGGCGCUCUGGUUAUUGUCCUGGGUUUCAAAUGGUUUAAUUCAAACUAAUUGGGGUCGUGCCAUCUUAAUCAUCUGUUUCGUCAUUGCCGGUGUUGUCUUGAUGGCUUUCCUCGAGCGUCCCAUGUUUGUCAUCGCAUCCGCCUUCAUUGGUUCCUUUGCUAUCUUUGCCGGUGCCGAUGUUUAUGUCAAGUCCGGUUUCUUGGAACUCAUCGAUCAACUCUUACACGCCAGACAAUUAGAUAUCUUGGUGAACGCCACAGUUCCCUUGCGUGGCAUGUUGGGUGGUUGUUUAGGUCUGGCCAUUGUCGGUUCCUUGAUUCAAUGGUGUUUAGUACGUCGUAGAGAUACUCAAGGUGGCGGUUGGAGUCGUGUAUAAACAACCCUUUUUAUUCCCCCCCCCCCUUUAUUUUUUUUCCUCUCAUUUUCUUACCUCUUAUUUCAUGAAUAAAACAAUACACACACACACAAAAUAUGUACUAUAUAUACUCUUU